AUGGUCCCGAACGCCGACCUCGAGAAGGUCAUGCUGCGGCACCCGGUGGUCUUCCUGGCGUCCCCCGACCGCCUACGUCGCGCCCUCUCCGUUUUUCCCCCGGCCGGCCGCGGCCGCGUCCUGCGCGCGGCGCCCUCGGCCCUGACGCGCUCCGAAGAGACGCUGCGCGCCAAGGUGCGCUCCGUGGGCGAAGUGCUGCGUCUCGACAGCUACAGCGCCGCCAUGACAGUAGUGCUCCGGGAGCCGCGCGUCCUGCACUGCGAGCCGACGACGCUGCAGCGCAACGCGCAGCGGCUCACCCAGACCGUGAACGCCCUGUGGGGCGGCAGGGGGGGCUCUCCGGACCGCGUGUGCGCCGCCAUCGCUAAAUGUCCAAGCCUUUUGUACCAGAACAGCUCCACACUGAUCGACGUCAAGCUGCCCUGCCUGUGCAAGACCACGCAGGAGUACCUGGGCCUCAGCGGGGUGGGGGACAUGCUGGUCGCGGCGCCGGGUCUGUGGCGCUCCCGCAUCCGCGCCACGACGGCCCCGAAGUUCUUGCUGCUGGCCGAGGCGUGCAACGCGCGCGGCAUGGUGCGCUGGCGCACGUGGCUGCGCGACCCCGGCAGCGCGGGGUCCAUCGGGCGCGUCCUCUCGGGCUCCAAGGCGCGCGUCGCCCGGCUCCUGUUCUGCGCGGAGAACGACAACCCCUCCCUGUGCGCGUGGGCGGCGCGACAGUCGCCGGGGACGCUCGCCGUCAAGUACACCGACGCGCAGUUCUUCGCGGUGCUCGCGAAGCACGGCGUGAGCGAGUCGGACUUCAAGCGGCAGUGGGUCGGGCGGUACCGGGACCGACACAGAGAGCCCCCCGGAGUGCCCGACGACGCAGCGGGGAGGAGGGCCGACGGAGAGCUGAAGAAGCUGUCGCAGGGGCUCAAGCUCGUGCUGGAGGCGCGUGGUCUAGCGGGGGAGGUCGUGCAUGGGCUGGAUUCACCCGACGAGGUAGACGAUGGGCAACAACAGCCGCCGGUUUGA